UACAUCCGGGUGACGGCGCAGCGCAGACUCCCUCCCCGCUGCAGCUCACUGCGUUUCCGUAGCCAGGCUGCUACCCGCUGAGCCCUGCUGGCUGCUGGGGAACCGCGCACGGACCAACGACCGCCGAUCCCGAUCGAACAACGCCAAAGCUGGACGCGUAAAUGGCGGAUUAACGCUCGCAGCGGACAGGACCGGGCUCAAUCCGUGUUCGUGACUCAGGGUUUUUUUCCGGGGGAGUGCGCUGGCGACACCCUCCGUAACAUGUGAGAUGUCCCCAGUAAGAUUUUAACUGUGCGUUACUGCAGCUAACUAGCUAGCGGCUACCCCCCCCCCUCCUCCUCCUCUCUAUCACAUUUAUUUAUGGUGACUGGUUCGAUCUGUUUUCUCAACCGUCUCGCGUACCAACCGGAGGAAAAUGAAGAAGUUCAACAUCAGGAAGGUGCUGGACGGCUUGACAGCCUCGUCCUCCUCCGCCGCUCACUCCGGCGGUUCCCGGGAAAGCGACGCCGUGCAGGAGACUCUCCAGUCGGAGCAUUUCCAGCUUUGCAAGACUGUGCGUCAUGGCUUCCCAUAUCAACCAUCCUCAAUGGCUUUUGACCCCGUGCAGAAAAUCUUGGCCAUCGGGACCCAGAACGGAGCUUUGAGGCUCUUUGGCCGCGCUGGUGUGGAGUGCUACUGUCAGCAUGAGAGUGGUGCUGCUAUCAUCCAGCUCCAGUUCCUGAUCAACGAGGGGGCGCUGGUGAGUGCCUUAGCUGAUGACAGCAUCCACCUGUGGAACCUGAGGCAAAAAAUCCCAGCUAUCCUGCAUUCUCUCAAGUUCAGCAGGGAGAGGAUCACAUACUGCCACCUGCCCUUCCAGAGCAAAUGGCUUUACAUCGGCACAGAAAGAGGAAACAUCCACAUUGUCAACGUGGAGUCCUUCACUCUCUCAGGCUACGUCAUCAUGUGGAACAAAGCCAUUGAACUAUCCACGAAGACACACCCAGGGCCUGUCGUGCACAUCAGUGAUAACCCCAUGGAUGAGGGAAAGCUUCUGAUUGGAUUUGAAUGUGGUGUAGUGGUGUUGUGGGAUUUGAAGUGCAAAAAAGCUGACUACCGCUAUACUUAUGAUGAGGCCAUCCACUCAGUCGCCUGGCACCAUGAGGGAAAACAGUUUGUUUGCAGCCACUCCGAUGGCAGUCUGACCACAUGGAAUGUACGAGCCCCAGCCAAGGCUGCACAGAUCAUCACGCCACAUGGAAAGCAGCCUAAGGAUGGAAAAAAACCAGAACCGUGCAAACCUAUUCUGAAGGUGGAGUACAAAACAACGAGGGCUGGGGACCCGUUCAUGGUCCUGUCUGGAGGUCUGUCUUACGAUACAGUGGGGAGGAGAGCCUGUCUGACUGUGAUGCAUGGAAAGAGCACCACUGUCCUGGAGAUGGACUACCCCAUUGUAGAUUUCCUAACGCUGUGUGAAACUCCUUAUCCAAAUGACUUUCAGGAGCCUUAUGCUGUGGUGGUCCUGCUCGAAAAGGAUUUAGUUUUAAUAGACCUCGGACAGAUUGGGUAUCCAAUAUUUGAAAAUCCAUAUCCUCUGACUAUCCAUGAGUCACCAGUGACCUGCUGUGAGUACUUUGCUGACUGCCCUGCUGAACUUAUCCCUGCACUUUACUCCGUCGGCAGUCGGCAAAAGAGACAAGGUUACAGCAAGAAGGAAUGGCCCAUGAAUGGUGGAAACUGGGGCCAAGGCACACAGAGUUACCCAGAGAUCAUAAUCACAGGACAUGCUGAUGGGUCGAUCAAAUUUUGGGAUGCUUCAGCAUUAAUGCUUCAAGUGCUGUACAAGCUGAAGACUGCCAAGGUGUUUGAGAGGGCUCGUGGUAAAGAAGAGAAGCCGAGCACAGAUAUCGUAGACGAGGACCCAUUUGCCAUCCAGACCUUGUCCUGGUGCCCUGAGAGCAGGAUGCUCUGUGUGGCCGGAGUGUCAGCGCACGUUAUCGUCUAUAGAUUCAGCAAGCAAGAAGUCACCACUGAAGUUGUGCAGCUCCUGGAGGUGCGGAUGCAGUGUGAGUUCAGCUGUGUGGACUCUCCUGAUCCUGGGGGGGAGCAGACUCCCACCCUACCAACCCCAGGAGCUUCCUCCAGCCCUCAGGAGACUGACCUGCCCACUCAGCACUCAACAGGCAGCAACUCCUCGGAUGGACACCGGGACAACCUACCCUGUCUGCAGGUGCGGAGCUCCCCGCUGAAGCAGUCUCCAGGCUACCAGGUGGAGCUGGUUAUCCAGCUGGUGUGGGUGAGCGGGGAGCCACCUCAGCAGAUCACCAGCCUGGCUAUCAACUCCUCAUAUGGCCUUGUUGUGUUUGGAAACAGCAACGGCCUGGGUGUGGUGGACUACCUCCAGAAAACUCUGCUCCUCAACAUGGGCACCCCCGAGCUGUACAGCCCAUCUGACCCCUACCAGAGGCAGCCCUGCUCCCCACGCAAAGCUCGGCAGCUCUCUGGAGACAAACCAAAUGGGACAUCUUACAUGUCCAGGCUUUCUUACUUGUAUACUGAGUCUGUGAAAAAACUACGCUCACCUCACCUCAGACUUAGCGAGUCCAAUGAUGGAUCCAACACGACAGAGGACCGCUGCAAAUCACCUACUUCAGGAUCUACCUCACCAUGCAAUUCAGAUGAUGAACGAAAACAGAAGUUCAUUGAGAAGGUGAAGUUCAAAGGCAGACGCUUUUCCAAGACGGUUGCCAAUGACUUUGCCAAGAUGUCUCGGAAAAUUAGCCAGACUAGUGAGCAAAAGCCAGACCUGGAGGAGGGCUUCCAACGAUGGUGCUCUCUCACAUAUAAGAGCAUUAAUUGUAUGAACAAAGGCCAGGCAGCGUCCAGGAUGAGCCAGAAGGCGGACGUAUGUAGAACUAAGUCAGCCCCUGACUCCCAUGCCAAGGACAACUCGUUCACCCGCUCGCGUAGUUCAAGUGUAACCAGCAUAGAGAGAGAAUCUCGAGAGGCCAUCUCCGCCUUUCUCUUCUGUGAGAGUUUUCCCAGGAAGACAGACAGCGUGCUCAGCCCCUGUCUGCUGGUGGGAACCACCCAGGGCUCUGUGAUGAUGGUGGCCCUCAGCCUGUCGCCCGGAGGGGACAGCAGGCUGCAGCAGCCGGUCGGCAUCUCCUCCUGCGGAACUCUAGUCAAACUGAAAGGAGGCAUUUUGACGAUGGCGCUGCUGGACUCCACUGCAACUCUGCUGCCCCCUUCCUAUGAGCCAUGGUAUGACCCAAACGCCUCAGAUGAAGAGAAGGAGAAGGAGAAGAGCCGGAGGCGCAGGCCAGCCUCCCCUCCCUCGUCACAGGAGGGUCCAGACCCCCAGUUCGCCGUGCUGUGUUCGGAGAAACAGGCCAAGGUGGUGGCCAUGCCCUCUCAAACCCGCAUCCACAAACACAACAUCACAGAGAGCUCCUUCUUGCUAAGGGCUGAUGUUGUGCUGAUGGCCGGAGAGAACUGCAUUGCCUGUUUCUGUGCUAAUGGGCAUAUCAUGACUCUGAGUUUACCCAGUCUACGGCCUCUGUUGGAUGUGAACUACCUGCCGCUGACGGACAUGCGGAUAGCCAGAACGUUCUGCUUCUCUAACUUAGGUCAAGCCCUGUACCUCACCUCUCCCACCGAGUUCCAGAGGAUCACCUACAGCCAGGAGACCUGCAACAACUUGCAGGAAAUGCUCAGUGAGUUAUUUACCCCUGUGGAGACACCAGAGGCUCCUAACAGAGGUUUUUUCAAAGGCCUUUUUGGUGGAGGAGCUCAGUCUCUGGACAGGGAGGACCUCUUUGGUGAAACAACUGCAGGUAAGGCCUCGCGCAGCCUGGCACAGCACAUCCCUGGCCCAGGCGGCAUGGAGGGCAUGAAGGGUGCCGCGUCCGGGGUUGUGGGCGACCUGGCCCGCGCCCGGAUAGCUCUGGACGAGAGAGGGCAGAAGCUGGGCGAGCUUGAUGAGAGAACGGCAGCCAUGAUGGCCAGCGCAGACUCCUUCUCCAGACACGCCCAUGAUAUGAUGCUGAAGUAUAAAGAUAAGAAGUGGUACCAGCUCUGAUGGCAGCGUGUGGAGCAUCGAACUCUGUUAUCACCAGUGUCUCCAUGGAGCUGCAGGUCCCUCUUCUUCUCUUCUCUAUUUCUGUCCACGUGGUGGUGGUGGUGGUGGGGGGGGAUUCUGCUUAACAGACCCAUGCUUUAAUUCUCAGCACAAUAUCAUACACUCUGCAUUACCUCAGUCAUCGGAGGACAGCUGAGGAGCAGACACUGGUGGACCCAGCGUAACGGGAACGGAGAAGAAAUGGAAGAAGAGAAGCUCUUCGGAAUCUCUCUUUUCAUUUCAGCAGCGAGCGCUGAUGUUCACGUAGCACCAGUCCGACGAACAGGAGAGAGAGAGAGAGAGGACCUUCCAUAUCCAUCCAUCAUGCGCUCAUAUAUAUCUCACAUAUAUAUCCACGCACCCUGCUGUUUUUGUUCUGAAGGAGGAAAGACUAUUCUGCAAAACAUGUACUUGUGGUGGCCUGAUUGCGAUCAUUCCCUCCCCUUCCUCUGCCCUUUAUGGUGUCUGCGAAACAUAGUGGACUCAAAUGAGGAGAAAAGUCUGAUGACCCCGUGUACUUCAAAAUCUAAUCAAGUCAAUGAAGUUGUACGUUUCUGUAGGAAUGAUUGUAUCAGUGAAGGACUUGUGUUCCUUUGUUUUGUCCCUUUCUUAAUUAUUUUUGUCAGUCUGUGUUUGUCCUUUUUUGUCCAGAAAGGGCCUUUCAAGCACUUAGAGCCGUGAUAAAAAAUGGACAGGGAGAAUAUGAAUCUUAUUGCCUCUCACUGAGUUAAGGGCUGGUAGUACACUAGUUCAUCACCGACCGAUCCUUUUAAGAGCAUUUUCCAACCAAGUUGUUUUAGGUGAGAGAGAUAAAUUAUGUGUUUUCUGAGAAGUCACUUUGGUUUUAUUUUUAAAAAUUCAGUUAUUUAUUGGAGCAGUUUAACAGAUAGGAAUUAAAUGAGUUUGUAUGUUGGGCAUUACAUUUUUUUUCUCCUCUGGUAGUAAAAUGAGCAAAAAUAAUGCUGAAAAUGUUUACCCCCGAUAACGAGUUUACAUCAAUCUAUCAGAAAAAUGAAGAGUUAUUACACUGGAGAACUCCUGAAGGUCUUUAUAUACUUCUAGCUUUCAUGGGGCUGUUGCUAUGUCACGUAUGAGAAGGAUGAUAAUGUUGAAGGGCAAGACAAAGAUUGUCCUUAAUGUAAUAAGCAUAAAUGUAUAUUUUGGUUACAAUUUUAAGUUUUUUGUGAUAAAGAUUUUAUCUAUACAUGAUUA